GUGCCAAAACACAAACCUGAUGCAAGAAAACCUAGUCUUACCAAAGAUGUGCCAACCCCUGAGAAUGAAGGUCAAAUGAAAACUGCCAACACUUCUUCAGCUGCCAAUACUUUGCUUACUGCCAAAGCCAGCAAUGGUCAGAGUAGUGAUGGGCGAAGUUUUAGUCUCAUGAAUUCUCUCCUAAAUCUCUCACACAGUGCAGACAGUCGGGUAGCUGUUAAGGCUUGUGAGGGCCUGAUGUUGUGUGCUAGUUUACCGGAGGAGACAGCUGCCACGUGUAUCGUCCACGAAACAGCCUUCUGUACCGAGAUGAGUCAGAGGCUCAUAGAGGCAUAUCUCAAACUACCGUCUUUCAUAAGUCCUGUGGAUCUCGAGAAUGUAGAGGCCAAAUGGGGCUUAGAUGUCAUCACAGAAAGUGAGGAUCAUAAGACAUUUCUAGGAAAGCGCCAUCUAGUGAGUUUUCUCUCCUGGCUGGAUUAUUGUGAUCAGCUGAUUUCUGUCUCCAAUCCAAUGGUAGCCAAAAACCUGGCCAAGUCCAUCAGAGAACUGUUUCUGAAUGUUAUCAUGGAACCAUCAGUGUUACAAACGUCUGAAUCAGGUGCAAUACUAGCUACAGCGUACCUCAAUAGGUGUCUACAAACUGUGUGUUCCCCAGAACUUCUGUCUGAGUUUUGCUUCUUCAUUCUGGGAUCAGAGAGGUUACCAGAGCAGAAAGAGGAGACAACUCAACCUGGCAUCAGAGACCGACUCAUUGAGCACUGUAAUCAUUUAUCUGAAGAACUGACUUUGAUUACUCUGAAGUUGUUUGACACCCUCCUACAAAAGGAUGAUGAACACAUCAUACAUAACUUAGUACUACGCAAUCUGUUAGGUAGGAACUACUACAAAACUGACAGCAAUGAUAGGAAUAACCAGCAGGACAAGGGAGAAAACUCCCCAACUACAAACGGAAUCUCUGAGAAUAGUGAAGAGGACACAUCCACUGAAGCUUCAGCUAAACCAAGCCUUAACCGUUCAUCAAGUCGCACAGAAGUUCACAAGAUUGUCAACUGUUUCCUGUCCUUGCUGCCAGAGCAGUUAAAAUCCAGUUAUCAAACAGCAGACAGUGGAUAUGAUAUGUAUUUAAGAGAUGCUCACAAACAGUUUCAUCAUGUGUGUGAGAUGACUGAUCCCUGGUCUUGGCCCAGAGAACCAGUUGUCAUCAGGAGAUUUGUCAUGGAGGAGUUUUAUGAAGGAGCUUUUCUGAGAAUGUUACUAGAUAAAAUGUCCCACUUGAUGGAUCAGAGUUAUCCAGUUAACCUACAGUUGACCUCUGUUAUCUCGAGGUUGGCUCUCCUGCCACACCCUAAUCUCAGUGAGUUCCUGUUGGAUCCCUUUCUUCCCAUCAGGGAUGGUGUCAAAACUCUCUUUUCUGUCUUCCAGAAG